UUAAAAAUCCAGAGACUGAAACAAUAAAAACACUAAACGAUCGCUUUUCUAUACAAACACACACGGGUACACACAGACACACACAGAGGGAAAGGACGAAGGACUCGGAACACAGGACUCAGGACUUGUGCGUCUGUUAACAGCCGCAUUUGAAUUUAAAUGCGAAACGUUGAUCAAACGGUGCAGACGUGUUUCUCCCAACGGUAGCGCUCGGCGUUUUCCCCUAACGAGUUUUUCGUGCCACGAGUAAAGUGAGGAAACUUUCAGAUUUCCAACUAAAAUAUAUGAAACGGACAAGUGAAAACCGAAGAACAAAAGUGCUAAGCCAACUGAACUAUAAGUAAAUUAAAUAAAAUAAAUAGCAAGUAAUCGCAAGCCAUGUCUUCCUCCGAGGCCGAAGUUGACAUCAGUGUGGUCUCCAGUCCGGAGCCGAGUCCUCUGGGCGCCGCCGCCCGCGACAGUCCGCUGUUGGCCCGCUCGCCGGCCCGCUCCGCCGACGGCAGCUCGCCGCCCGCCACGCCCACCCAUCGCUCCAAUACGCCCAACACGGCCGCCGGCACGCCCACCACAUCCGCUUCCGGUGGCAAUGGCAAUCACUUCCAUCACAGCCCCAGCGGCGGAGCCGUUCCGCCGGCGGUGUUGCACCACCAUCUGCAGCACCACCUGAGCACCCUGGGCGGUCAUCCGGUGGCCCUGCACCAUGCGCUCCACACCUUUGGCCACCACCUGCAUCCCGCCCACGGGGCCACACAUCCCGCCCUGCUGCAGCACGCCCUCACGCCCACCAGCCAGCAGCAACAGCAGCAGCAGCAACAGUUGCAGGUGCAGCAGCAACACCUCGAGCGGCUCAGUCCGCCGUUGAAGAGUCCGGAGCGGAAUGGCGGCGAGGAGCUGGGGCAGCAGGCGCUCAGCCUAAACAACAACAACAGCAAGGCCCCCAACCACAACAACACUUGCUCCUCGGCGGCCGCGGCGGCGGCCAACCUGAGCAACAACAGCAACGACAGCAACGGGAGCAGCGGGGGCGGCAAGAGCACCACAGGAUCCAACGGAUUCACCAGCUUCUCCAUCUCCAGCAUUCUCAGUCGCAGCGAGCCGGCCAAGAAGAACGGCGCCGCCGGCCUGAUAACCCCGAUUCCGCAGUUGCCGCAACCAGGAGCCGGCGGACCACAGGAUGCAGCCAUGCUGUCCAGACUGGGCUUCAUCUCGCAGUGGGGAGCGUUGGCCGGUCGCUAUGCCGCCCUGUGUCCGCCCGGAUGGCCCUGGGCCCCCCAGCGCCUGCCCUUCCACAGUCCCACCCAUGACAGCUCCUCCACGAACACCACUGAGAAUCCCCCCUCGCCCACUUCCAUGAGCCCGAACAACAACAACAACAGCAACACCACUGCCAGCUCGAACCAGGCCAGCAAAUCGCCCUCGCACCACCCACUCCACCCCCUGUACCACCCCCACAAUCCGCAACAGCAGCAGCCGCAGCAACAGCAUCCGCAGCAACAGCAUCCACAGCAGCAGCAGCAACAGCAUCCACAGCCCCAGCAUCCCCACCAGCCCACCACGCCCACCAGCAGCAGCAGCAGCGGCGGCGGAGGCGGCGGCAGCAGCCUGGCCCACCAUCCGCAUACGCAUCUGGCCGGCUCACAUGGCGGAUACCUGCUGCCGGGCAGCUCCAACGAGUCCGACGACGAGGGCGAGGAGAUCAUCGAGGAGGACGACGGCACGGAUGGACCCUCCGACAGCUCCUCCCCCCACGGCGAUGGCAACUCGAAGAGGAAGAAGAAAACCAGGACAGUGUUCUCCCGGGCCCAGGUCUUCCAGCUGGAGUCCACCUUUGACCUCAAGCGGUAUCUCAGCUCCUCGGAGCGAGCGGGUCUGGCAGCCUCCCUGCGUCUCACCGAAACGCAGGUGAAGAUCUGGUUCCAGAACCGCCGCAAUAAGUGGAAGCGCCAGCUGGCCGCCGAACUGGAGGCGGCCAACAUGGCCAACAUGGCGCAUGCGGCCCAGAGACUGGUGCGGGUGCCGGUGCUCUACCACGAUGGCACAACGGCCGGAUUUGUGCCCCCACCACCGCCGCACCACCACCCCAUGCAGUACUAUGCGGCGGCACGGAACACCAGCCCGCCGCGACCACCGCUCUCCUCGCUGGUAUAG